CUAGUUAGCUGGGGUUUGGCAGGGGCGGCCUUAGCGUUCAAUCCACCUGAGUGGACGGCGUCUCUAUUCUCAACUCCGGAAGGCUGCGGGGCCCAAGGCACUUCAGCAGCCGCGGGCUUCGGUGCAGACAUGGCCACGUCCAAGAACCACACCACGCACAACCAGUCACCAAAAUGGCACAGAAAUGGCAUCAAGAAACCCCAGUCCCAAAGAUAUGAAUCUCUUAAGGGGGUAGACCCCAGGUUCCUGAGGAACAUGCGCUUUGCCAAGAAGCACAACAAGAAGGGUCUGAAGAAGAUGCAGGCCAACAACGCCAAGGCCAUGAGUGCACGUGCCGAGGCUAUCAAGGCCCUCGUCAAGCCCAAGAACCCAAAGGGCGGCAGCCAGAAGCUCAAUCGACUUGCCUACAUCGCUCACCCCAAGCUCGGGAAACGUGCUGGUGCCCGCAUUGCCAAGGGUCUCAGGCUCUGCCGGCCAAAGUCCAAGGCCAAGGCCCAAACCAAGUCCCAGUCUUCUGCUGCAACUCCGGCUCCAGCUCCAGCUCCUGCUCCUGCUGCAGCUCAGCCUCCCAAAGGUGCCCAAGCCCCCACAAAGGCUCCAGUGUAGAGGCUUCUGUGUGC